AUGGUCCGCGCCCUCGACCUAGUGUCGGCGCGACGGCUCCCCCUUACCGAGCAGGCGUUCUUGUUCCUGGAGGCCGCCGCGAGGUCGUCCUCAUCUGCGAGCAGCGUGGAUGACGCGGUGAGGGCGACUCUGACGGUUUUGGAUGGUGCCGGUGGCCCGUGCCGCGCGUCCGGCGUGUUCUCGCUGGUCAAGGCGUUGGCCUCGAUCGGCGAGUUCGACGCGGCCGUCUGGGUGAUCGAGGAGACGGCCAGGAGAGCGAGCUACCACAACGUCCUCUUGGCUGCCAAGUGCAAGGCUGGUGACUUCCGGGGCGCCCGCGAGGUGUUCGACGAAAUGAGGAAGGGGAGCUGCGGCCCAAAUGCCAACUCCUGGAACUACCUCCUCGGGUGCCUGCUGAAGAAUGGCAGGGCCACCGAAGCGUGCGACCUCGUUGAGACCAUGGAGAGGUCGGGACACGACGACAUCCCAAACUCACUGUCGUACGAGAUCCUCACAUACCAUGCCUGCAAGGCGGGGAAGAUGGAUUCGGCAAGGCAGAUUCUCGAUCAGUUGUUCUCAGAAAAUCUGACGCCGAGGAUUACAAUCCACACAGCCUUCAUCAAAGGGUACUUCUAUACUGGGAGAAUCAAAGAUGCUUGCGAUUAUGUGAGGGCUAUGAGCACCAGGGAUUCACACUCCACCAACAGGAACUACAGCCUGCUCGUCAAGCUGUUGCACAGGUCGGGGAGGAUCGUCGAGGCUGGAAGUGUCCUGUAUGAGUUGAUGGAGAAGGGCCUCAGGCCUGACCAUUCUGCUUAUGUUACAGUGUCCAAAGGUUUGCACAAGAUGGGAAGGGGAGAUCUGUGUGCUGAAUUGAAGUCCUUGUUUCAGAAUUUCAUUGUACAGUCAGGUUUGGAACACUGA